CUGUCUUCAACAGUGCGCCGUCUCAUUCCGCGCGUUAGUCUAGUACGGCACAAUUUACAGCAAAAUCCUGCUCAUAUUGCGAUUAAGUGAGAUAUACUGCUCUCCGUUGUAUUGCGUAUUUUAAUUGUGCCGCGUGUAUAGUAAAUAUCAAAGUAAUCGCGUAAUCUACACAGUCCUAGUUUUCUGGGCGUUUGAAAUCGGACACCGCUAUAACGUCUCCCCUCAGCGCGGAGGGAUACACUAUUGGGGCUGACAAUGUGGACGGUGCUAAAAUGUCUCCUCGGAAGAUGAGAUGUUACAUUUGUAGCGCUCAAAAGAAUUAGAAUAGAACUUUAGUCAGAGUUUUAUUUGAGCACAGUUACAUUGUAACAAGUCUUGACGCGGAUUGUUCGCGUUUCCCGGGAAAUACGACCCGUUUUGCACCGUGUUUUUGCGGGACCUGAGACACGGAGGGGGGAAAUUUUGUCCCCCAACUUUUCUGUUUUUCCUCUCAGGCUGAAGCGCAUUUCUCUCCCGCUGGAUGCCGCGCGCGUGACGGGAGAAACGGAUCAUAAACCAGUUUGAGCCGAGAAAGAGAAGCAGAUCAAGAACACGCAGGGUCAGGAUGGCUACGGUGGGAACCGACCUGGAGCUGAACGACCUGUUGGAUUUCAGUAUUAUGUUCCCUCAUCAGAUGGCAAACGGGAAGAGCCGAGGUCCAGCUUUACCCAGCAGUCAGUUCGGUUUAGAUGAAAGAAGUGGCUCGGGCCCUUGGGGUUCAGGAGAAGCGAACGGCCCCUCGUUCGGCGCACGGCUGUAUGGAGAUGGGCCGCACUACCCUGAGCACGACGGCAUGUACAACUUGGAUAUUGACGGGAAAUCUGAAAGAGGCUACCCUGUUACACAGCCGCAGCUCUUGCCAGGGGACAUCAACAUCCCCGGGGCCGACGGGCUCUCCUCGCCGGGCAUGAAGGUCUCCUCUCAGUUCUACAGUCCGCACCGCCGGAGGCCGGCCGACUCCAACAUCGAUCCUCUGCCCAAGAAGAUCCGGAAGGUUCCUCAUGGGUUGCCGACGUCCAUUUCUUCGGCCUAUCCAGGCUCCACCGGUGACGACUACGCCCAGGACGGCACCGGAUACCCCGGAACUAAAGCAGGAAACCUUUAUCCAGGCUUUUUUAACAUGCAAGACGGACUCCCGGAUCAUUGGGGUCAGUCCGGCUAUCCUCCGGUCAUGAGCAACUCGCCGCACAUCGGUCAGCCGGCCCCGUUCUCCUCCAUAAACCCACAGAAGCGGCAGCCUUUGCCCCUGUCGCCGCAGAACUACCCUCUCCACGGGAGCGAGGUCAAUAUUCCCUCCAGCUUUCACUCCACUUCUGCGGGGUACGGCGUUCCCAACCACACGCCGCCCAUCAGCGGGAGCGACAGCAUCAUGGUAAACAGAGGUGGGAAUGCAGGGAGCUCGGGCGCAGAGAUCGGAAAAGCUCUUGCUUCGAUAUAUCCCUCUGACAAUAACGGCAACAGCUUCUCCUCGACCCCUUCCACCCCCGUGGGCUCUCCUUCAAAUGUUGCUGCCUCUGCAUCUCAGUGGCCCAAAGGUUCUUCUCAGCCUGCUCCAUCGCCUGGAUUUGAGACGGGACUGCAGGCACCGCAGAGUAAGAUGGAUGACCGUCUGGGUGAAGCUCUUCAUGUGUUGAGGAACCAUGCUGUCGGCUCAGACAUGCACAGUUUACUGAGCGCAGCCGUCUCUGGACUUCCAGCUGGUGCCGCGGCCCUGGGCUCGCUCAGUCAGGCCUUCGGGCUCGUCAGCCGUCUGCCGGGCCUGAUGCAAAGUCUCAGUGACGACGCUGCGGGUUUACCAGUGCAAGGACACCAUCAGGCUCCGCCCACUUCUCAGUCCGACGUCUUUACCAGUCUUUCUCUGCCUCGCUCCUCUCACUCCUCCAACUCGGAUAUAAAGCGGGAAGAUCGGGAAGAUGAUGAGAACCUGUCUAUUGGAGAUCGAUCAGACGACGAGAAGAAAGACGGGAAAAGCUGUACGAGAUCGAGUCAAGAAGACGAGGAUGACGAGGACUUGCCGGUGGAGGUGAAGGCGGAGCGGGAGAAAGAGCGGCGCGUGGCCAAUAACGCCCGUGAGCGUUUGCGCGUGCGCGACAUCAACGAGGCCUUCAAAGAGCUGGGCCGCAUGUGCCAGCUGCACCUGAGCAAUGAGAAACCUCAGACCAAACUGCUCAUCCUGCACCAGGCCGUAAACGUUAUUCUCAACCUGGAGCAGCAAGUGCGAGAAAAGAAACACGCGAGACAUGAGGAGCGUAAUCUGAACCCGAAGGCGGCGUGUCUGAAGAGGAGGGAGGAGGAGAAGGUCACAGGAGACCCUCAGAUGCUGUCUGGUCUGGGUGGAGACGGACACGGACACAUGUAACAUUCAGAUCCUGACGCAAGGAGUCUCUCCGUCGACGUGGCCUUAUCUUCCUGUUCUUGUUCCAGAGUCCACACACAUACACACAUUCUUGAUUUAUAUAUUAUAAACAGAUGUGUUGGAAGACUCGCAUACACACAGUACACUUCCCGAGCCGCUCGCUCGGCUCUAAACACAGUAUGUGCUCACGAACACACACAUUCAUGGACCAUUGGUGGAAAUCACCCGUGAGAAACGGCCCAGGACCGUCCUGCUGUUGAUGGAGUGAUGUCAGAAUUACACUGUGCUGUUAUAUAGCACACACACACACACACACACAUACACAUACUCACACACACACACCGACCCAUGAGCCUUUGCUAUUCAACGAGAGGUCAAGCUCCGCUGUGGGAACAGAUUCCUUCUUUUUGUAGUAAAUGUAUUCAAGUUUUACUUUC